CAUUUUUGCAGUUUCAAAUCAUGGCCGAUUCUAUCGAAUUGCGUAUGAGUGUUACGUCUAUCAAAAGAGUUGAUCCAUAUGUGAAAGAUAUUUUAGCGACUGCUACACACGUUGCUUUAUACAAAUUCAAUACUUCAACCAACGAAUGGGAAAAAACAGAUACGGAAGGUGCUUUGUUUAUAUACAGUAGAAAUGGAGAACCGUUUCACAGUAUUAUGGUUAUGAACCGACUCAACACAAAUAAUGUGAUAGAACCUAUUGUGAAAGACUUUGAUUAUCAGAUGCAAAUACCGUUUCUGCUCUACAGGAAUUCAAAAAGUAAAAUAUUUGGAAUCUGGUUUUUCAACCGCGAAGAGUGUGUACAUAUUACUUAUUUAAUUGAGACCGUAAUGGAGAGUCUCAAAGACAAGUCUAACGAAAGGUCGAAGAAGCAAGAGAAUGGGGUCGACAUUUUCAGCCUUCUCUCAAAAGCGCAAGAAGACUUCAAUAAAACUCCGACGAAACAAGAUUCGGUACCGCCGGCGUUUUCUACACCUAGGGAUUGUACUUCAAAAAGUGUUAUGGACUUUUUUGCUAAAGCCAGCACAAAGUCAACACAUCAAACGCCCAUUGUGUCUGGGGGCGACGGAGAGAACGUGUUACAGAGGCUGAUGUCCAACCCGGCUCACACAGUUGAACAUAUUGAAAAACAACAGAGGUCCAUAACUCCACAAGAGCAGGUAACCUUACGUCACAAAAUAAACGCAGACAGGCGCAGCGUUCCGAUUUCAUUCCCAAGUACAAGCAACACGAUCGACCGAAAAGACCAAGAAAAUCGAAUGAAUUUCAUGGGGGUAUCACCCCCGAACCAAGCCUAUCAAGGAUCAUCGCCGUUGGCAUUCCUUCUGCAAGGGCCGAGUCAACUGCAACAACCGGAAGAGCCAGCCGAUGCGCUGAGGACGUCACCCUUUGCACAAUUCCUAGACAACGCGCAAAAACCGCAGCUGAUGACUCCUAUGAUGUUUACGACUCCUACAAAUGCAGAAAAGCUAGACAACAGUAAGAUGGAAACUAAAGUCGAAAAUAUCGAUCUCUUGACGGAAAAACAACUAGCACAGGCACUCAUUCACUUGUUGAAGACUAAUUCAAAUUUUACAAGACAGAUACACGAAGCUUACGUUAAUUCGAUCAUGGAAAGGGUGAAUUGCAACAGUAAUUCCCUUAUUUAAUUUUUUUUUUUAAAUUAGACAAAGUCUUGAUAGAUACAAAGUUAUCCUCAAUCCAAUGCCUUAAAUUAUUAGAUUUUAAUAGCGACAUUGAAUUCUUUCCUCGUUCUUUGACUGAAAAUUGUAGUAUUUUAUAUUACAUUUUGUUUGUGCGUUAAGCGGCUUUCAUCUUUUUCUUUGUAUAUAUUAGUAGUAUUUUAUUUCUCUAGAGAAAGGGAACAUACAGUGCUUGAAGAUUUUUGUAAUGUUUUGCAAUGAUGUCUUCUACAACAUAAUUAAGGCGCUAGUAUUUAGAAUAUUUCAUUAUCAAAACAAGCUAUCACAUUAAAUUAGAUCUUGUUUUGAUGUAACAUACAGUUACAUACUUAUUGUGAUACAUAGAGAGAUGUGUUUAGAAUUUGAAAAUCCAAUAACUUUGCUAUUAAUAUAGUUUAGAUGAAUGAAUUAAACAGGCAUGUAGUUGGAAUGAAUUGUUUAGUUGUACUUUUAGUUUUUAUGUUCAUUGACAGUUUCUUUUACUUCUUUCUAGUCAUUUAUUUAUCUGUUUUAAUAUAAAUCCGAGUGUUAUUGGUAUCUAAGAGGAAAUCAUUUUGUUUCAUGUCAUCUAUAAAUGGCACUCAAUUAAUAUACAAUAUUUUUAGUUGAAUGAGUUAUCAUUAAUAUUGUGUAAUCUUGAUCUUGGUAGGCAGACAACCUACUCGAAGAACUAUAUUUGUAGCAAACAUAUUUCAAUCUCAUAAAUGUAUAUUUUUAAGCAAAAGUAUAUUCACGUUGUAAUAUUGUCAACAGAAUUGUCAUCUUUGUUGAUUUAUAUUUUUUUACUUGAAAGAAUCUGUACUUGUUACGGUUUUUAGAAAUUUGUACUACAUAUUUUCCAGUUUUCUUGUCGUUUGAACUUUUCUCGAUAAAUUAUUUGUUGAGUAAAUUUUUUUUUAAAUAAAGACGUUACAUCUGA